ACUAGUCUUAAUAGUGACAACAAUGAUAUUGAGCAACAAGAAGAAGGGUCAAAAUCAAAGAGAUCUUGUCUUGUGUGGACUCCUCAACUCCAUAACAAGUUUACAAAAGCCCUCAGCUUGUUGGGAGAUGAAAAAGCUCAACCGAAAAUGAUUCGAGAAGAGAUGGGAGUUCCACAUUUAACAAGACACCAAAUCGCUAGCCAUCUGCAGAAAUAUAAAGCCGGAGUGAAGCGAUUACAAGACAACGACACAAGUCUACUCUUGGGCAAAUCAAGUUCUCAUUCUACUACUUCUACACUAGAGAGGAUGCAGAGUUCAAUGACUUACAAGCUUCCAACAGAAGACUCAAACAUGCGACCACGUUCACCGACUCAUCCAAAUUUAGAUUUUAGCUUCAACUCCAAUCAUAAGAAUAAGCCAUUAUCAGAGUAUUUUGAUCAUGAUAUACUGAAAAUUCUUGAAGAAGAAGAUGUUGAGGAGCCUAAAAAUUAUGGUUUUGGACCAAAUAUUGAAGAUGUUAAUAGAUAUUGUGAAUGGCUGCAUAACAAGUUCAAACUUAAAGAUCUUAGGGAUCUCAAGUACUUUCUUGGUUUGGAAGUGGAAAGGUCUAACAAAGGGAUUUUUGUAUCUCAAAGAGCUUAUGCUCUUCAAUUACUUGAGGACCUUGGUUACCUUGGAAGCAAACCAGUUAGUACACCUAUAUAUGGAGCCAAAUUUGAAAUUGUCACAGAUUGA